GGCGGCAGGCGCAACGAACUCCCUGCUGUACCAAAACAUUCACUCGCCUCGGCUCCGCGCGCUCAGGAGCCGCGCCUGCUGGCUUGGGCCCUCCUCACGUCCCCGUCGACGCCCCUCUCCGGCACGGCCAUGGAGGCCAGCUGGACCGUCGUCGCCGUCCUGGUGCUGGCGUGCGCCCUCAACGUGCAGCCCAAGCACGACGCGGGUGACAUCGCCAAGGAGAACCUCAAGACGCAGCAGAUCCUGGCGCAGUACCUGCAGCGCCGCCUCUUCCCGCAGUACUACCUGCAGCAGCAGAUCAAGGCCACGCUGGAGGCGGCGGCCGGCGCGGCCAGCGGCACGGCCAGCGGCACGGCCUCCACGUCCAGCAGCGCGGCGCAGGGCGCGCAGGGCGCGCAGGCCGCGGACGACGAGGCCCUGCAGACCUUCGAGUCGGAGCAGGUCGCGUACUUCAACGACCCCGACGAAGGUGAGGUCACCAGCACGCGGACGCCCAGGAAGCAGGGUCCGCCGCCCACCUCACCCCCUCCCAUCAACGUGCUGGACCCCAUAGACGAGUGCUCGAGUGCCAACUGCUUGGAGGAGGGCGGGGCCAGCCUGCUGCCCAACCGGUGGACCAUGCCGCUGCUGCGCCUCGGGGAGAAGAGGUUCUACCUGGGCAUCUUCUUCAAGGCGAACUGGUACCGAGCCACGCAGUACUGCCGCUACCACGGCAUGCACCUGGCGUCCAUCAGCAGCCAGGAGGAGAACGACAAGCUGGAGAAGCACAUCAGGGACUACGGUCUGGGCCACGAGCACUUCUGGACGUCGGGCACGGACCAGGCCGAGGAGGGCACCUUCUUCUGGAUGGCCACGGGCAGGCCCAUCACCUUCACCAACUGGAACACCGGCGAGCCCAACAACUUCCGCUACGAGAACGGCGAGGAGGAGCACUGCCUGGAGCUGUGGAACCGCGACGGCAAGGGCCUCAAGUGGAACGACUCGCCCUGCUCCUUCGAGACGUACUUCGUGUGCGAGGUGUGAGGCAUGGCCAUGUUCCUCGACGUCCUCGACCUUCGCGCACCUCUAGAGGCAGCCCGAGGCGUCGCCAAACCCCCCUAAAAACCAAAACGGCCCCCGCGCCCGGUUGCCAGGCAACCCGUUCGGCAGCGAGGGGCAGGCCGCCCUCUGUGGUGGCCGAUCAGUGCGGCCAAGUUCAAAAUUUUCAUUAUUCAGAAAGCGGAUUUUAAUUUGUUGCCUUCCCGGCGUUUUAAAAUUUCAACCUUCUACCAAAACAUCAAUUUAAUUAUUACUUUUAUCAUUAUUAUUAUUAUUAUUAUUUCUUUUUGUUUUACCGACAGUAUGACUGUUAAUUGUUAGUGUCUCUACGUUCAUUUGCCACCUGAGGCAAGGCCGAUCCGAAUUUGUGAGUUGUUAUUGUUGAAGUUUAAUCGCAGUACCUGCCUAAUAUUUAGGCUUGUUAGUGGGUAAUGUAGGCAAAACCAAGUGUCUGUUCAAAAAUCACGAGAGUUCAUGUCUCAUGAGUAAGGUACUUGAUUAUUACCGACUGACUGUUUGACCCGAAAGUCCUUAACUAUAAUGCUCAAGAGAAAAACUUUGAACAUAUUGUAAGUUGUGAAUAAAUGUGAAAUUGCAAAUUGUUACUACUACUAUAAACUGCCGCUCCUGUUGACGAAAUUUAAACAUUGUUUCUUCUUGUGAUACUGUGCAGUGCAACUGUUUAGACAACUUUAUAAUGUCUCAAAUUAUUUACGAGAGAGUCAUUUGAUACCUAUGACAAAAUUAAGCUUAUAUUAUCCUUGUAUGUAUGUAUGUAACAAUUUGUAUGUAUAAAUGUGCGUGAUAUAGUUGUAUUAAAUAAAAAAUAUGUAAAUAAGAA